GAUGGCUGCACGCUCCCACAGUUCUGAUCAGAGAUGUCCACUAAACUUUAAGGAGAAAAAACUAAUUUUUUUCUAUUCUUAUUCCUGGAUAUCAUGUGGCAGAGGAGGGAAGUUGCUCUGGACUAAUAACCAAAAAGUGAGCACUGAUGGGACACAGGAGAACAACACACCUGAAGAAGUUUAUGUCUUUGCAACCUGAGGAGCCUCACAUUAUCUGAGGCCGUGGGGAGAUUUGAUUGUUGAUCUUUUUGAAGCUUUAAUGUUAAACAAAUUAAUGUUAUCUCUGCAGGGAAUUUAUGCCCUGGCUCUUUUUCACUAUGUAAAGUCAGCUGUUGCCCUGACUCUGAUGACGUCAUCACCCGAGAUGAGCAGAUCUUUGUUCUGAUUGGUGCCCAUGCAAGGUGCGAAAGGAGCAUCCGGGCACAAAUGGCCCUCAUUAAAGAGGGGGAUUGUGCUCCAGAGUGGGAUGGGAUUAUCUGCUGGCCUCGAAGCAGAGCGGGCCAGCUUGUCUCAGUGCAGUGUCCAGCGUACAUCUAUGAUUUCAACCACAAAGGACGAGCCUACCGCCAGUGUGAUGUGUCAGGGAUCUGGGAGCUGGAGCCCAGUAACAACCGCACAUGGGCAAACUACACGGAGUGCACCCGGUACUUGACCUCAAACCACCGAAAUGUGAAGGAGAAGGUGUUUCAGCGGCUCCACCUCAUGUACACUGUUGGUUACUCCAUUUCUCUGGCAUCAUUGUUGGUGGCCAUUUCUAUCCUUUGCUAUUUCAAGCGCCUCCACUGCACACGCAAUUACAUUCACAUUCACCUGUUCACCUCCUUCAUUUGUCGAGCUGUUAGCAUCUUUGUGAAGGACGCUGUGCUCUACUCCGUAUCUGAUGCCAACAGAGCUGAGUCCGAGUUUACAGCAGUGAAACCACCCAUGGCUGGUUGUAAAGCUGCUGUUACUCUCUUCCUCUAUUUCCUGGCAACCAAUCAUUACUGGAUUUUGGUGGAGGGAUUGUACCUCCACAGCCUCAUCUUUAUGGCUUUUCUGUCUGACAAGAACUACCUUUGGGCCCUUACCAUCAUGGGCUGGGGUGUUCCAGCCGUGUUCGUUUCCAUUUGGGUGAGUGCGCGAGCUUCUCUGGCAGACACUCAAUGCUGGGACAUCAGUGCCGGAAACCUGAAGUGGAUUUACCAAGUUCCUAUUCUGGCAGCCAUUGUUGUAAAUUUCUUCCUUUUCCUGAAUAUAAUUCGUGUUCUGGCCUCUAAACUGUGGGAAACCAACAAUGGUAAACUGGACCCUCGACAACAGUACAGGAAGCUCCUCAAAUCCACCCUGGUCCUGAUGCCUUUAUUUGGGGUCCAUUAUAUAGUGUUUAUGGCCCUUCCCUACACUGAGGUUACCGGGCUGCUGUGGCAGGUGCAGAUGCAUUAUGAGAUGUUCUUUAACUCCUCCCAGGGUUUUUUUGUGGCGUUUAUCUACUGUUUCUGCAACGGCGAGGUGCAGGCUGAGGUUAAAAAGGCUUGGUUAAGACGUAGCUUGGUGCUUGAUCUCAAACAGAAAGCCAGGAUGACGAGCAGCGGCGGUGGAAGCUGUUACUACGGCGGCAUGAUGUCUCAUGCCACCACUCAAAGUGUCUGCAUCAGUGCCAGUCACCCUAGAGCUCUUUCCUUCACUGGAGGAGUGACAGCAGGCUCAGGAGGGGCGGCUGGUGGGUCAGGGAUCAGGCCCCCUCGACACUCUGCUCCGUCUCCUCUCCAGCUCAAUCAUAGCAGUCCGGGUGUGUUCGUUCCCAGCACCACUGGGACCUCAGGCCCCCAGCAGGACCUGGCUGAGUGGAAACUUUGGAGGGCUGAGUCAGGGAAUGAUAACUGCAGCAGCAAUGGAGCAGAAGACCCUGAAUGCACCUUAUCGGUGAAGGAGUUAGAAACCAUUUUGUAGUCAUGGAUUGGAUGGGAAAUUACAGACAGCGCCAUCCAAUAGUUUUCAUACCUCAUGUCCCAGUUGUUAUCAAACAUAUAUAUGAAGACUUUGUGUUUAACAGCCCAUGGGAAUGCUUCAAUUAAAAAAAAAGUAAAACAAAUAAAAUAAAAAAGAAAGAUUUUGUAAUACAUCCCUCAAAUCAAUAUACUUCCUGGUCUUGGAGAUAAAUGGAAGUAAAUGUUGUGUCUGCUAAAUGAAAAGGUUAUUUCCCUCUAUUUCACUGUUGAAAUGAAAAUGCUUUAGAAAGGUGACCUUUGUG